GGACCUGCGAGAAUGCCGCCCGGCCCCCGGGGGUGCGGGGAGGCCAGGCGCGCGCGAGCCCGGUCCUCGGGCCGCUGAGCCGCCGGCCAUGGACGACGAGCAGCCCGACAGCUUGGAGGGCUGGGUGCCGGUCCGCGACGACCUCUUCGCCGAGCCCGAGCGGCACCAGCUGCGCUUCCUCGUGGCCUGGAACGACGCGGAGGGCAAGUUCGCAGUGACCUGUCACGACCGCACGGCGCAGCGGCGGCGGCGUGAGGGGAGCCGGCCCGAGCCUGAGCCGGCCGCGUCUCCCCCGAGCUGGGCGGGCCUGCUCUCGGCCGCCGGGCUCCGCGGCGCGCACCGGCAGCUGGCGGCGCUGUGGCCGCCGCUGGAGCGCUGCUUCCCGCCGCUACCACCGGAGCUGGACGCGCGUGCCGGCGGGGCCUGGGGCCUGGGGCUCGGGCUGUGGGCGCUGGUGUGGCCGGCGCGCGCGGGCCCCGGGGACGCGGCGCUGCAGGAGCUGUGCGGGCGCCUGGAGCGCUACUUGGGCGAGGCGGCGAGCGGCUGCGGCGGGGCGGCGGUGCGUGACGCGCUCUUCCCCGCCGACAGCGGCGCGCCCGACUGCGAGAGCCUGCGCGACUUCCGGGACAGGGCCCUGCGCGCGCGGUGGACGGCGGCGGGCACGCGCCUGCGCCAGGUUCUUCAGGGGCAUGAGAAAGCUCAGACCAUGGUAGCACUGAUGAACGUCUAUCGAGAGGAAGAUGACGCAUACCAGGAAUUAGUUACGGGGGCAACUAUGUUCUUCCAGUAUUUACUGAAGCCAUUUAGGGAUAUGAGAGAAGUUGCAACUUUAUGUAAGCUUAGUAUUUUGAAAUCCUUGGAUGAGGAUAAUUUGGGUCCUAAGCGGAUAGUUGCCUUGGAGAAGGAAGCCAAAGAAUGGACCAGACAGGCUGAAGAAGCCAUAGUCUCUAUUCAGGACAUUACAGUGAAUUAUUUUAAAGAAACAGUAAAAGCAUUAGCAGGAAUGCAGAAACAAAUGGAACAGGACAAGAAGAGAUUUGGCCAGGCUGCCUGGGCCACAGCAACUCCCAGAUUAGAAAAACUCAAGCUGAUGUUAGCCCGAGAGACUCUGCAGCUCAUGAGAGCGAGAGAAUUGUGUUUAAAUCACAAAAGAGCUGAAAUUCAGAGAAAGAUGGAAGAUCUUCCAGAUCAAGAAAAAAAUACAGAUGUUGUAGAUGAAUUAGAAAUACAGUAUUAUGAAGUCCAAUUAGAACUGUAUGAGGUUAAAUUCGAGAUAUUAAAAUAUGAAGAAAUACUGCUUAUAACACAGUUGGACUCAAUUAAAAGGCUUAUAAAAGAUAAAGAGGAGGAGGUUGUCUAUUAUGACCCGUGUGAAAGCCCAGAGGAGCUGGGAGCGCUCGCCGGCGUGGCAGGGCUGCCGGGGGACCGGAGCGCGGAGGUGAAGGAGCUGCGCCGGCAGUGUGGGCGCCUGGAGUCGCAGCGGGGCAGGAUCUGCGCCCGGAGAGCCCGUCUCAGGAACAGACAGGAUCAGUGCAGAGAGAACCAUCGGCUCCGACUGCAGCUGGCGGAAGAGAGUGUGAAACAUUUCCAUCAGCAUCAUCGUAUCCAGGUGAAAAGAGACAAGAUGAAAGAGGAAGAACAAAAGAAAAAAGAAUGGAUAAACCAGGAACGCAAAAAAACACUCCAGCGGCUGAGAGCAUUUAAGGAGAGAUGUCCAGGUGGCUCUGUCCUAAAGACCCCUUGCUCAGAACCUGCAGCUCCACACCUGCCAGCUGGGCCUUCCCCACAGACCCCUCCGAUGGCCUCCGGGAGCCACCUGUCCUCCAGGGAGGCUGGAGGUGCGCCCAUCUCUGAAGUUAGCCACACGCAAAGCCCCGGGGCUCUGCCGGGCUCUGGAAAGACCGUCCAGAGCUCUGUUCCCUCCGCCAAUCGCCAGAAGUCCCCCGGGAGGACGUCGGUGACGGCGGAUCGGCCCCUUCCCCUGGUGUGUGACUCGUCGGGCUCGUCGGAUCCCAGGGCUGCAGGAGCCCGUCACUCCUCAGCGGGUUUCGGAGGCCCAGGGUCUAUGGAUGAAGUCCUGGCCUCCCUAAGGAGGGGCAGAAGCCCUCUGCAGAGGCCAGACGUACCCGCUCCGACCCGUCCCCACGCCUCCUUCAACGAGCAGCUUCUGGCUGCCAUAAGGCAGGGGGUCAAGCUGAAGAAGGUUCACUCCGGCCUCAGCCCGAGCCCCAGCAACAAGCCGGCCAGCGACCUGGAGAGAAGCAUCAAGGCAGCGCUGCAGAGAAUCCAGAGAGUGUCCGCUGACUCGGAGGAGGAGGACAGCGAGGAGCAGGGCCCCAGCGGCGAGUGGGACCACUGAGCGCUCCCUGCC